AUGAGUGCUCAAUUAUUGAACCUAGCGAUCCCGCUCAUAGGUAUGCAAGUAGCACGGAAGAUUCCAUUCGAAGAUCCUCAAGUUUUACUAGGAAUGCGAAUGGCCUAUGUCACGAGUCAACUACUUUGCAUGUCAGCUUAUUACUACGUCACCUUCAAGAUUAAGUCCAAGAAUGACACAACAGUGUUGAAGUAUGUCGAACCUAAACCCCCACUGACCGCCGACCCUCCAAAGCUUGUCACCACCACAAAUCGAGCCUACGAUCUCGAACAAGCCUCAACAGGUUUAAGGGGUGUACUAAUGGGAGUGGCGAUGAUGAUCUUCUUACAUCUGUAUAUGAAAUACGAUGCUCCACUCUUCCUUCAGUCGUUGAUGCCCCUCAAGGCGGUAUACGAAAGCAAGGUAAUUCAAAUCCAUCUCUUAGGACGACCGGCCACAGGAGACUUGAAACGACCAUUCAAAGCUGGUGGAAUGAUGGGCGCAGCGACAGAUGCAAAAACAGAUGCAAAGAGCAUCAAGGAAGCCGAGCAAGCUAGUGUAAAAAAGGAGCAAUGA